AUGGUCCUGUUGGAAUAUGGCACCAGGGUACCCAUGCAGAUAGGGUACUGUGAUGUAUCUCUGGCUGGCCAAGGUACUGGCAACGUUUGUUUUAAGAUGAAAAGGCAUAGGAUUAACCCAGAAAAAGAAGCUGUUGAUUAUAUAACCACCUGCACAGACAAAGCUGCAUUACAUGUGCAGUACAUCAACACCUUUAUAGGUAGAGGUGUGUUUGCAAGUUUAGCUUUACGAAAAGGGGACUUUGUGGUGGAGUAUAGAGGAGACCUAAUAAGCAUUGAUGAGUGUCACAGACGACAAAAUGUAUACCCUGAUGCACUUAAGGGAUUCAUGUAUGAUUUCAAAUGGAAUGGAAAAUAUUGGUGCAUUGAUGCUGCAAAAGAAGAUGAUUCACUGGGAAGAUUAGUAAAUGACAAUCAUAUUAAUCCUAAUUGUAAAGUGAAGAGAAUCACUGUGAAAGGAAAGCCACACUUGUGUCUCUUUGCAAUUAGAGACAUAUCUCCUGGAGAGGAAAUUACAUAUGAUUAUGGAAGUGGUGAUUGGCCUUGGAGAUGUAAGGUGACUGAUGAAACUGAGAAUCAUCCAAAUAAAGAAAGGACUGUAGAGUCACCUAAGAAUAGUAUGGAUGAAUAUUAUUCAGCAAGUGGCUUGUCCAUCAUUCAGGAGGACAUAGACACUAGUGGAUCAGACACUGACAUAUUGGUCUCUCAUGAAAUAGAGGUAGAGUCGUCAGUGGAACCAUUGCAGAGGACCAACAGUAUUAUACUCACUGACAAGAAUCUUAACUUGUUCAGUUCAGUAAGCAGCGAUGAGGAUUGUAUUCCCAAUUCUUCAGAAGACAGUAGUUCUGAAUACAGCAGUUGUGGUGGAGAACAAAUUCAAGUACAUACUGACUAUUCAGGAAGUGAGGAUGAACUGGAAGAUGUCAAGGAAAAAGAAGGUCUGGAAAAAACCAAGAGAAAAUGCAAUAACUCUCGUAAAAAUGUCAAGAAGAAAAAAUGGGAUGACUCUGAGGUGAAAGCUGUUGAAAAACAUUUAGGAAAGUUUAUACGCAUGUGUAAAGUGCCAGGAAAGAGGGAAUGUGAGCAGUGUCUCAGUGCUGAGUCGGAAGUACUGAAAAACAGAGACUGGAUGGGAAUUAAAUUUUUUGUUAAGAAUAGAAUUACUACGUUAAAGAGAAAACUUUGA